GGGGAUGUCAUACAACUUCAUGUCAAAAAAUCCGAACUAUCCCUUUAAUAUGCCUUUCGCAUUUUUAUGACCUGUGACACGCAUGUAGAGUCAACCCCCCCCAAAGUCCAGCAAAAUUCGCACAAACUUUGAAUUCAUUUCAAAACUGUUUAUUUUCCCAUAGGACAUAAAGAAAAUAUCACUGCUGUAAUCUGUUCCCGGGUCAAACCGUUGCUAUUAUAAAACCUUUUAUGAUAGCACGGGCAAUUAGAAGUGUAAAAAGAAGUGAACCACUGUUGCUAUCAAUACAUGAAAACACUCAGUCUUAACUGAAAAGAUUAGGGUGUGACUUUAAUCACGCUCAUUAUUUUAAUAUCCUGAAAUGGCAUACAAGUGUAAAAAGAAGUUAACCACCGUAUAAUAAAAAAAAAAAAAGAAUUGGAACAGUACCGGCGGCUAUGUGCUUUGAAGUUGAAUCCGUUUACUUCACAAUGUCUAUUCUGCAAUUUUCUUCUUUUUCUUGUCACAAAAAAAAAUCCCAGAAACCCCAAGAAAAAGCAAAACAUGCAUUAGAGUUCAUCCUUUGAAACUGGUUCAGCUGAGGUUUUGUGCGGUGCGCUGAUAUCCCCAGUGGUAUGUCAGGCAUGAUGGUGGCCCAUCGUUUGUCGCAUUAAUGCUGUAAAAAAAAAAAAAAUAGCCAAAGAAUAAACAAAAGAUUAUAUCAUUGGAGUGAGCUGUCAGGAGAUAGCCUAUGCAUAACUAUGGUUGCAAGCCUGCAGUUUUACAUUUAACAUUACAUUAAUAAAUUAAAGUGAGGUGUACAUUUCCCAUAGAGGCUUGCGUGCGUGUGUGUGUCAAUGAGUCAGACUUUGCACUUGGUCAUAAAUGAAGGGAGUGUCUGAGAUACCGUGCCAUAUGUAUGAGUAUGUUUAUGUUGCUCCUCACGUGGCGUACACAGGCAUCAAUAGACAUAUUUGUGUUUUAUUUCCCACACUGCGGGUAAACAGACAAUGGAAACUGCUGAUAAUUGGUUGUUGUUUACAGAAAGUCAACCUUUGAUUUGCUUUUAUCAGAGGGCAUUAACAUUUUGUUGACUUAUUUUAGCCUUAAGAGGGCAUCUCUUUAUGCUUUAAAUUAUAUGUAAUUAUUAACCACAAGGCCAGACAUGGAAGCAUUUCUCCAUACAGCAACAUUUUGCCUGCAAAAACACGUCAACUUUAUUUACACAAACCCACAAUGGUCAUUGUAAUAACUCUAAAAUGAUAAAAGUAAAAAAAUACUGGCCAGUCACAUCAGCUCUCUAUGGUUACAGAUGCAAAAAUAAAGCAUACAGGAGGUCCUGAAUUUAUGUAAUUUAUUUAUAUAAAGUCAUUUGUGUAUAUAAAUGAUGAAUUAAAGGAAUAAAUUAACAUUUAAUGUCACUUUUGAAGAUGUGAUUGUUGGCAAAGAUGGCUUUGAGGCAGCGAGACACCACCUUUGUGUUUUGCUAUGCGUUAUUUACUGAAUUCAGUGUUUAGUGUUUCUCACCUUCCUUUCUUUCCAUUGUGGGUUUUUUUUGCAGGCGUGAUAAUAAGAAAAGCAGAGACUUGUGUUGCAAUUGUGUUAGUUGGCAAAGAACUACGUACACAGUUGAUGAUGUCCUAGAUGGGCGAGGGAGCUUGGGUACAAUGACUUCCAGUGCUGAUUUCCAUACUAAAGCUCUGCUAACAGGGGCAUUUUGUGCUAAAUAAUAAAAAAAAAAACACAAAUUGGCUCAAGUAGUGUAUUAAGUGGAAAUUGUAUGCAAACCGAGGCAAAAUUUCUGUGUAGUUUUGCUGCAACUUUUUUAGCAUUUUACGAUGUCUAAUUUCACUUCAAAAUACCCCAAGAGAGGAGCGAUGAGUCAUCCGAGAGGUCACAAAAGUCCCCACAACAACAUCCAAAGAACUGCAGGCCUCAUUUGCCUCAGUUAAAGUCAGUGUUGAUGACUCCACCAUAAGAAAGACACUGGGCAAAAAUGGCCUACAUGGCAGAGUUCCAAAACUAAAACCACUUCUGAACAAAAGAACAUUAAGGCUUGUCUCAGUUUUUCCAGAAAACAUCUUGAUGAUCCCCAAGACCUUUAGGAAAAUAAUCUGUGGGCUGACGAGACAAAAGCUGAAAUUUUUGGAAGGUGUGUGUCCCAUUACAUCUGGCGUAAAAGUAACGCCGCAAUUCAGAAAAACAACAUCAUACCAACAGUAAAAUAUGGUGGUGGUAGUGUGAUGGUCUGGGGCUGUUUUGCUGCUUCAGGACCUGGAAGACUUGGUGUGAUAAAUGGAACCAUGAAUUCUGCUGUCUACCAAAAAAUCCUGAAGGAGAAUGUUCGGCCAUCUCUUUGUGAUCUGAAACCAACUUGGGUUCUGCAGCAGGACAAUGAUCCAAAACACACCACCAAGUCCACCUCUGAAUAGCUGAAGAAAAACAAAGACUUUGGAGUGGCCUAGUCAAAGUCCUGACCUGAAUCGUAUUGAGAUGCUGUGGCAUCCACACAGGGCCAUGUAGGUUUAGAUUCAAGUGUGGCAAACAUGGUUUGUCAGGGGGCAAACACUUUUUCACACCACCGUAACUAGUUCUCUUUGAGUGGUUUGCAUAUUGGCCUCACAGUCAGGAGAUGGAGGGUUUGAAUCUCUGUAUGCCGAUUGCUUGUUCUCUGCCUACCCCGGUUUCCUCCCACAAAGCAAUAACAUGCAUGUUAGGCUAAUUGGAGACUCUAAAUUGUCUACAGUCUUACAUUCAUGUAAAUGUGAAUGCUUGUUUGCAUAUAUGUGUCCUAUGAUUGGCUGGUGACCAGUCCAGGGUGUACCUUGCCUCUUGCCCCGUGUGUGGAGCGGGGGUUAACUGCAGCUGUUUAAAACUAAAAAAACAAAACAAAACAGCAAAAAUGGAAGAAUGAAUUCAAAAUAUUAAGAGAAGUCGUAAUAUUAUGAGAAAUGAACAAAACAACGAAUAAAGUUGUAAUUUCUGGAAACUUAGGUUUUGGAAAAAGUUAUGUUAUGAGAAUAAAGCCAAAAUAUGAGAAUUAUUAGAAGAACAUUUACAAGAGGAAAGUUGAAAUAUUUGGAACAUUUUUGGGAAAAAAACCCCAGCAGAAAUUAAAAUAUAAUUUUACAAAAAUUAAGUCAAUUAUGAUUAGAAAAAUGUCAUAUUCUAACGAGAAAAAAGUCUAAAUUUUACAAGAAUAAAAUUGUAAUAUUAUGAGGAAAAAUUAGGAAAAAAUUUUAGAGUAUAUUGCUGACAUUAAAGAAAAAAUCAGCUUUUUUUAAAAUGUGAAACAAACAAAACAAAAUAAAGUUUUGAUCCUUUGGAAAAUUAGGUUGGAGAAAAGGUAUAAUAAUAUGUGAAUAAAGUCAAAAUAUUAGAGGAAUAAAGCAAUAACCUUAUGAGAAAAACAUUUACAUUAUUUGGAAGAAAUUUGAAAUGAAAUUUGAAAAAAAACAACAGCAAAAAUGGGAAAAGGGCAAAGAGCGAAGUUGAUACUAAAAGUAGACGUUUUCACUUAUAACACAAAGCUGAGAUGCAUUUUUUUUCUUGAAAUAUAUAUAACUUCUUGGCAUCUUUACAAAAUAUCAAAGUGGCCGUUGGGUCAUUGAAUUUUUCACUGUGUGGCCCUCGCUGGAAAAAGUUUGGACACUCCUGCCAUAGACAAACUCCAAAAUCAUGUCUUCCUGAAGAGUAACUUCCAAGCGAGUUCAGCCUCCAUUUUCACUUCCUGUAGGUGCAGUAUGGUCUGUGUGAUGAUGCAAUGAUUUAUUUUUAGUAGAGGGGUGUAUCUUUUGGCCAAGGACUAGUCCAUUAUAUUAUGAGGAUAGAUGUGUUUUGAAACAGCAUCUAGCACCUAGUAUGACGUUGACUGCACACCCAUCAGCCCAUCCCAAAUAGAACUCUCAACCGGCACCAAUGGAAAAAAGCUGUCACGGAAACUCAAGCAAUGGUAAAACAUGUCUGUGUGUUUUUUGUCUGUCAAUAAUUUUGAUUGACAGGUCAUUAGUCUAGGGCAGCCCUUAACCGUUAUUGAAGUGUAAAAGAAGGUAACUACUAAAUUAACCAAUUAAUCAUCAAACCCUUAUUAACGGUACAGGCAAUGUAACUAACCUAAAUGCCAUACAAAGGUAAUAAGAAGUGAACCGCUGUUGGUAUUAAAACAUGAAAUGAUUAACUUAAUUAUUAACUAUUCAACUGGCGGCCUGCGGGCUAACGUACUUACAAAACUAAAAAUGCCUCAAAAUAUUUUUAAAAAUAUUACUGUGCUGUUCAUUUUUUGUUUUGCACCGUGAGUAAGACUGACGUUCUGUUUGAUAAGCGUCUGUCCGUUUGUACUGUGUUGUCAAGCGAGUGGCCGGCUUUUGUUUGCAAAUUGAAGUACUGGAGCACACCCUAGUGCCUCUGACUAUGCACAGUUAGCUUGCCAUCUAUUGGACGGAGUUGUAACAACAAAUUCCAUUAUAAUUGUGAGCAAAGGCGAGCAGAUGGUGCCAAAAAUAAAUGACUAAAAGUUAGUGCCAAAUCCAUUCAAUUUAUUUGUGGUGGGCUUCUUCUGCUUAUUAGCGUUUGCAAACUGACUGAUGCGCUACUGCCACCGAAUGGUUGGAAGUUGUAUUUCAAUUGAGCGUCCUGUUGAUAACAGUAAUAUCUCUGGUGUCACCAAAUCGAAUAUUUUUAUAUAUAUUGGCCCUAUAGAAACACUGGUCUGUGCACUUUAGUAUCUUUUAAUUUAGACAGGGUGAUUUACUGCAGCCUUUGCCCUAAUUUCCUUUUUGGAUAGAUGUGGGAGCACAGCUCAUCAGGUCAAACCUCUUCUGGGACUGACUCAUCUUCAUGUUGCCACAUCUUGUUAAGGAUGAUCCUACUGUAUGUAGAGUUUUUGUUUAUUUUUGACCAACGAGACAAUAUGUUCUAGAAUGACACAUCUGCGCACAUGCGUUGAUGCAAAGGCGAAUCACGUCAUGACUUGUUUUGUUAUUGUCUGAAGGCAGCACACUUUUCCUCUGCAUUUCGAAGAAUCAGGAAUGACCCUUCCCAUGUUCGACCUCAGCCUGUUCCUUCCACGUUGCCUCCUCCUCACUCCCCCUUUGUCUGUCAAAAGUUCCGUGAUUACAUAGAACAGAAUUUGUAAUUACUGUAUGCUACUGGACAUGUUGACCUGAAAUCAACUUUCCCCAUGUUAUGAAUGGAGGGAGCGGCCUCAGAUCAACUAUACAUUGUGUAUACAGCGCACAUGUCACCUCAUACGUGGUUUUCAGUGUGAUGCCAGGUCACACGGGGUGUGUGUGUGUGUGUGUGUGUGUGUGUGUGUGUGUGUGUGUGUGUGUGUGUGUGAGAGAGACCUUGACAGCACGCACCACUCCUUCCCCUUAUCCACUGAGGAAGCUUUUGAGGCUCGAGGGACUCAUCAACCAUUAACUCAUAACUAUUUAAAGGAAUUGGGGGAAAGUUCAUGUCCUCAGAUUAUUGUGGAAAAGUGCUGCUUCCGUGCAAGCAGCUAACGGAGCUAACACACACACACACACACACACACACACAUGCACACAUACCAGUGUGUUUGUUUCUAUACAUUAAUUUACUGUAUUUGCGUAAAUAAGAGAAAUAAAUUUGAACCACCACAUCGUUUUAGCGUUAGCUUUUUUUUUUUUAAUUAUUUGGUGCUCACCCGCAAAUUGGUUUUAGGAUUUUGAAGGCAGACUAGAUUUUUUAAUAACACCUUGUCUGAUAGUAGAUGUCGUAGAUCUACUUAAUGGUUGUUAUUAGUGGGAAAACACAACAUACAGACCACCGUGUAAAUUGAAUUUUAAUUGAAAAAUUAAACUUUUCUAUACAGUCGUCCCUUGUUUAUAGCGGUAGUUAGAGCAUAGCGAUCAUUUCUUAAUGAAUUAAUUUCUGAAAAAACACAAUAUAGCGAGGGAGCGAUAAUUGAACUGCAAGGGACGACUGUAUACCAUUUGUAAGUACGGUGGAACCUCGGCUAGCGCGUUUUUUUGGUUAAUUUCGGAAAUGUACGCCUGAAUUUUGCCUCCGUUUGUGGACAUUUUCCCGUUAACGUACAAUGUAGUGUAUGUCCUGUCGUGUUAAUAUCACAAAUGUCCUUCUUAGCAGCUUGCUAAUACAUGGAAACAGAAACCAGAAAUUAGCUGCAUCGCCCGUCUAUGAUGUCAUCAGUGGUUGACUCUGUAGUUCGUUGCUAACACAGUUAUGCCGCAAGUCUCAAAACUAUUUUUAUUGUUUUACAAUUAUGGUUUUAUAUGAAUAAAACAAUUCAAAAUGCAUAUGAAUAACAAAUGAAAGGGAUAAAUGAACAUUUAAAGUUACUUUUACCUUCAUUGAAGACGUGAUUGUUGACAAAGACACGAUGUGGCAGCGAGACAUGACACAGACACCAUUUUUCUGUUUCAUCAUGAGUUAUUUUUUUAAUUCAAUAGCGUUUCUCACCUUUUUUUUAACAAAAUGCUGGCAAUUGAAACGUAUUCUAGCUCCAUUUCGUGUUAUUGUGAUGAGAAACAUUGAACUCAUGAAAUAACUCACGGCAAAACAAGAAGGUGGUGUCUCGCUGCCACCUUGUGUCUUUGGGAGCAGUCACAUCAAGAAUCACGUCUUCACUGAAGGUAAAAGUAACCUUCAAUGUUCAUUAAUCCCUUUCAUUCAUCAUUUACGUGAUUUUAUGUGCAUUUCACAGUGUUUUCUGCAUGUAAAACUAUAAUGAUAAAACCAUAAAAACAUGUUUUGUGUUAACAUUUUUGACUUCUGGAACGGAUUCAUUGGAUUUACCUUAUUUUUUAGGGCAACAAAUUAAUGAUGCUAAUCAAUGUUCCACUGUAUUUUGUCCAAACUCCAACUGAUGCAACCUCAUGGCAGAUUGAAAAGAAAAAUUAGCUGAUUGGCAUGAAUGUCCGUUUGUGUUUGCAUGGUCUAAAUGUGUCAGUCUUUUCAGCUUUGGAAUUCACAGUUUAUUUUAGCCCAUUCCCAGUGGACUAAAGCUUAAUUUACACUCAUGCAUGUUUUUGUCUUCUUUGGGAAAGGCUAUAAUUGGCAUCGAAUCCCAGGUGCUCCCUGCAGUAGUCACAGGAUGAUGGCUCCACCCUAUUAUGGAAAUAUAACUCUCAGGUGGAUCAUAAAUAGCCCGGAAGGAACUUUAGCUUAUUGUUAUUGUUAUUAUAUAAGUUAUUUACAGUAGUACGAAGAUGGCAUAUAUUGGUAUAUCCUGUCAACAUUGGAGCUGUGUGCUUUAUUACCUAAUACUUGUGUUUUUUUUAACACUACACUUUGUCUGUGCAUGCCUCAGCCACCCAGCGCAUGUCCUUAUGUGUCCUUGUAUGUCUUUGUUUGCAUUUAGCCGUGUGUCCUGUGAUACAAGACACACCUCAUGCUCCACUCACACGUGUGUGUGUGCGUGUGUUUGUGUGUGUGUGACACUGACAAGCUCAAAAUUUCGAUGGCAUACAAUGAUAAAUAAUUUGUUGUUUGAGACUGUGAUGAAAAGGCAGAUAAAUAGAAGAGGUAGAAAUGUUUUGGUAGAAAUGUUUUUACCUCACAGUUUUUGUCUUUGCUCCUCUUGUUGAUUCCAGCUGUCAAACUCAUGAGCGCAUAUUGACUUUGCCCCUUAGCGACAAAAUAAAAACGGCGAGUGAAUGAUUGAUGCCAGCCGACCGAUGAGGCAGUCUGCCCCUGUCCCUUGCGACCAGCAGACUUUUGGGAAAAAGAAAUUGAUUAGAUAUUGUAAAAAUAUAUAUAUAUAUAUACAGUAUAUAUAUAUAUAAUGCGACGGUGCAACCUCCAAAGUCAUUUCUGGUUCUAUGGUUCUCAUCACACCUUUCUGUAUUUCAUCACUGGUACCCUUCUGUGGUACAUCACAAAAAGACAAAGAAAAGACAUUCAAUAAUAUAGUGGACAUUUUCAAAAAGUCAGACUCGGUGUUUGUGUGUGGAUGGGUAAAAUGUAGCUUUUUUGUGUCAUAAGAAAUGUAAAAGUUUUAGGUUUUAAAAAAACAAACAAACAUUGGUGACGUUUCCUGUGCUCCAUGUAAGUGUGCGCUGAUUUUAAAGAUAAUGUACAAUUCAUUGUACAUCUAAUAUCUCACUAUAUUGAUGAACAGAGGUGUUAUAAUGUGUGACCAAGUCAGCUGUGGGCAUGUGCUUAUGAGGUGUAUGAUAUAUGAUAUAUGAGUUAUGAUGCCAUCUCCUGUAUGGAGGUACAGUAAGUGCCACCAACAUUUCAGCAGUAGGUUGACCUGCUACUUCUACUUCUGUUUUUCAACAUAAAAACAAUAUAAUAUUAAUAUCAAAAUAAAGACCAACCAACAUCUCUUUAGGUUCAAUUAAUUGCCUGGAAGGUCAGCGUUGUGUGAAAUCCAAUGGCGCCUUCGUAGGUGGUUGGAGAGAUUUGUUGUGUUGCCGUGGUAUUUCACUUGACCUUUCAAUAGCCAACAACUUAUUUAGAACAUCUCCCUCUUUGCAAAAGCCAAAGUGUUUCCACACACUGAACCUCAAUGGUGGCUUCAUUAUUUCUCGCUCGCCGGCUUGUCCUCUGCCAUCCGCCAUGCUACGUUUUGUGGUCUGCUGGCGCGUGGCGAUGACGUCAUAGACACGCAGACUGAAUUGAGUAAUGUUUAACGCCUUUAUCAUUAAAAGUACUAAAAAAAACACACACAUCCAUAUAAAACCUGCCAUGCUUACAUCCAAUGAUUUAUUCCCUAGUAUCAAUGCAAUCAAUGUGCGUGUGAACGCACUUAUGCUACCUAUAAGUGUGGAAGUGCAUGAAUUGAAACACAGCCGCAAUACUAAUAUUCAGCUGAACUCCAAAUUGUGUGACUUUUGGGAUGGGUGGAAUGUUCGCCUUUGGAGUGUUCCACUGUACUGUAUGUCUUGCAGUGUCACUCUGUGAGUGUGCGUGUGUGUGUGUGGCGGGAGAGAAGUGCAACCAGAGAGGUCAGACUGAAGCAACAGGAAAUCAUCAGCAUUUGAUGUCCACCAUUCGACACAUUUAGCAUAAGUAUUACUAUAAGUACGCCUUUAAGUAACUAUGUGUGAGCGUGCCGAUUAGUCUAUACUGAAAUUGCACACGUAUUGCGCACGCUGCUCAUAUUAUAGAUGAGCAAUCAUUAGCGUCAUGAUCAGAGCACAUGAUGCUGAGCUGUCUGAACUUCUGCUGAGCCCAGACUAUGUCAGAGAGAGAAAAUGUGCGUGUAGUUCCCUUUCUAUCGGUCACCACUUCCUGAGGAAAAGCACGCACACACACACACACACACACACACAGAGUCUCCUCUUCACAGUCAGUUGUCGGUCAUUGAACUCCUAGUUAACACUCGCUGAAUUGAUAAGAAAGCUGGUGAGUGGGCCGUAUUGUGUGUGUGUGUGUUGUCAUUUUAUUGUGUAAAAUAAGCCACAAUGAGUCCUUGAAUUAGGUUUUGUUUGAUGACUUAAUUUUCCUCUUUGAAUUGAGUCUAUUAGUGACACUGCUGGAGUCAAACACGUUAAUGUGAUAGGCAGUCAUCACUUGAAGUUGAAAUCGGCCAAGGUCAUUUAAAAAAAUACAAUAAGAAUUGUUGCUAGCAAGAUGCAUAAUGGGAACUACUUUUUUAUUGUUAUUUAAAUACUAUUUCCUAAAUGCACUUUCCAUCCAUCCAUUUUCUAUGCCGCCUAUCCUAAUUAGGGUCGCGGGAGUAUGCCUAUCCCAGCUGAUUUCAGGGCGGGGUACACCCUGGACUGGUUGCCAGCCUACAGACAAUUUAGAGUCGCUAAUUAACCUAACAUGCAUGUUUUUGGAAUGUGGGAGGAAACCGACGUGCGCACAAGGAGAACAUGCAAACUCCACACAGAGGUGCCCAGGCGGUCAAACCCAUUCGGUCUUCCCGAUCUCCUGACUGUGUGGCCAACAUGCAAACUACUCAGCCAUCGUGCGGCUAAAUGAACUUUCUGAAACUUAAUAAUAAUAAUGAUAAUAAUAAUAAUAAUAAUAAUAAUAAUGCAUUGUAUUUAUAGGUGUAUAGCACUUCUCUGUGUACUCUGAGGUUUUUUACUCAACCAUUUCUAUUGAUACAUCCAGGCUACAAGCCAAUGUCCCACACAAUUUUUUUUUUAAAUGUUUUUUUUUCCACUGCUAAUUAAACAACUCUAUUGAAACAUAAUUACACACGAUGUUGCUAGCUUUUUGUUGCAGCUAAGGUCAAACUAGACCACUGUAAGCUCUACCGGUCAGCACUUUAUAACAGAUUGUCCUCAUUGCUAAUCUGUGAUGGACACUCUGUGUUCUAUGACAGCUCUGUAGUUGAUAAUAUCCUCACUUUUUUUUACACACUGUUUUAAUUUCUAACUGUGUGGAACAUGCAGUUUCAAUAAGUGUGUCAUCCCCCACCAUCAUCCUGACCUCAAGUUGACCUGCAAUGCACCACUUUCCUUUCACCUAUUGGAACAUAAGAAUCAUUAAGAAAUCAGACAACGAUGUCUGGGUGCUGUUUUACUCAGAGCUUUCUGAGGUUGUGUGGUUUUAACCCACCCCCCCAUGCCAAGCUGAAGAGGCCUGUCGCGGUGCCUUCACUGACAACUAAGCGAGUGGGUGCCAGACGCGAGCAACCUGCAGAGUGGAGAGGCCAGACCGCUCGUUGAUACACUUUUUUUUUUCAUGCAGGAGUGGAUGGGGGAAAGCCCUCUCUGCAUCUGUGUAACCUGCUAGCACUUUGCAGUAAAACACAGAGUAAAGCUUAUACUUAAAGAGGCCCCUAUCCUGUAUUUGCAACUUUUCAGACUUAUGUACAGUACAAAAUGUUAAAAUUUUAUACUUAGGCCUGUCACUCAAUCAAUAAAUCAAUGAGUCGCACGAUAAAUACAAACAAACUUGCUAAUUUUUCCGACCUCGAUAAAUUGCCAUGUGCAUGCGUGUUUGUUUUUCUCCUUUCUCUCUACCAAACAGGCUGGAUGACUGGAGGAUUCACUCUGUGCAUCUGUUUCAACACCUGGGCGUGUUGGUUCUAUGGUGGCAUGAUCGGAGUGAGUGAACCCUCCUGUCAGUCAUUCAGUCUCUUUGUCCCUGGGUGGAGUCGUGGCUGCUAGCGAGUGAUGCAGCCUGCAAGUGUGCAAAAACAAAUAUGAAUGAUGGCACAAAAGCGAUGUUUUCUAAGGAGAAUGCCACAGCCCCAUUGUGAGAAGGUUUUGGUUUUUGCAAAACCAAAAAAAAGCAUAUACGUGACGCAGUUCUUCUCAACAAAAGAGGAGAAAUAUGACCUUAGUGAAAAAUCGGCAAAAUAGCUGAUAUCAAUAUCGGAUUGACACAUCCCUACUUAUUAUAUUAUCAGUAGGGAUGUCCGAUAUUGUUGUUUUUGCCGAUAUCUGAUAUGCCGAUGUUGUCCAACUCUCAAUUUCCGAUUCUGAUAUCAACUGAUACGGAUAUGUGUAACGUCACAUAUCUCCUGUCGUGGAAUUAACGUUAUCUGUUAUGAAACUAAUGGAUACAGCAUGAGCAAUUAGCUUCUUGACGUAGCUGUAAACAACAUCUCACAAACUACCGCGUCUGCCUGCCGCUAUUUCAGCGUUUUUUUACAUUCCCGCUACCCCAUAGACAUAUGAAUGACUGAAUUGUGUGCGAGAAUACAGUGUUUUCCACAACGUCUGCAAAUUAUGCUCUCAAAACGAUGUAUUGUAGCCAAAUCAUGUAGCAAUGUUACAAAAUUUUUAAAUAUGUUAAGUCAAUCUGUGAUUAAUUCUGAUAAAAUCUGAUAAAGCAUGACUUGAACUUUAAUUUGAUACCUCAUUCACUUCUCUACCCCAAGUAUUAAAUAAUUUAGAGCAGAUUUCGUAGCAGGAAAUAGUGCCUUUGGUUCCCAUUGCUUUGACAUUGAGUCAAGACAGAAGCUGUGAUCAACCCACAGACCUUGGCAAGUACAACCGUACUACAAUAUAUAAAAUAACUUAGGCUGUGAAAUUCUGUUUUAAUGUCAACAGAGUAGCCAUUUACAUUUUUUUGACAAUGAAAAAGUCCAGGGAAGAAAAUCAGGUGUCAUAUUUUUCAGGUACUGUAUAUGCCUCACACUGCACACUGUGUAUUCGUUUUCACCCCACACUAACCACAAGAAAUAUCUAGCUAUCAUCCAUGACAGGAAUGUAUAAAAUCAGUCAACAUCCACUCCAUAUUUGAGAAAAUCAAUGUUUUUUUAGCAUGACUUUGUUAUAUUGAUAUAUAAAUUAUCCGUAUUUUAUUAGCCUUUAUAUUUACAAUAAAGGCAUCCAUAUUGUAAAUAGGACAAUGCAAACGCGGUUAAAAAAAACCCAACAUAUUUUGAACCAUCAGAUUUUAAUGAAAUUUUAUCUGCAGAUAGACAUUAAAGUGAAUUAAUGUCCUAUAUACCGUUUAUCUUGUCCUGAAGCUCCGAUCCAUGAGUUUGAAAGGCUUAAAGUCUACAUAUCCGUACAUGUCUAUGCAGUAAUCUGCUCACCAUUAGUGGUGUUUCGACAACCCACAAUGGUCUGCCAACUCAAACACGGUUAAGGAAAACAUUGGCUCAAGUACAGCAUAUGCUGCGUGUUGACUGUUAUGGCGCUUGAAGGGCCAAAACGCUUAAAGGGCCAAAACGGCUUUCAUUAAAGGGGGAAAAAAACUAUACCGAUAUUGACUGAUGUUACAUUUGUUACAUUUAUGCCAACAUCAGGCCAAUAAUAUUGGUGGGCCGAUAUUAUCGGACAUCCGUAAUAUUUAUAUUUCUAUUAUUUUUAUUGGCCCGCGGCACAUUCUAAAAAUGUAAUUUAGCAACAAAAAUAAAAUAAAACAACAAUAACAACAGCAAAUAUGGAAAAAUCUGCAGUAAUUUUACAAGAAUAAAGUCGAAUUAUUAAGACAAAAAAGUUGUAAUCUAACAAGAGAAAGUCCUAAUUUUACCACAAUAAUACUGUAAUGUAGAAAGAAGGAAAAUAAUGUCAUGUUACUAGCAUAAAUUUGAAAUAUUACAUUAAAAAGCCGCGAUAUUAUGAGAAACAAACAAAACAAAGUAAAGUUGUAUUUUUUGUAAAAUUAGGUUGGGGAAAUAGUAAUAUAAUGUUACGAGAAUGAAGUCAAAAUAUUAUAGGAAUGGAGUCAUAAUUAUGAGAAGAAAAUUUACAGACAGAAAUAGUUGAAAUAGUAUUUUUUAAAAGAACAGAAAUUGGAAAAAAAAACCUGCUGUAAUUGAGAAUAAAGUCAAAAUAUGAAAAAGUCAAAAUUUUACGAGAAUAAACAAAUUUCAGUAGCAUACGAUGAAAUAUUAAAGAUAUGGUACUUUUUAAAAGUUGUAAUAUUAUGACACACAAACAAAACAAAAUAAAGUUGUAUUUUUGUAAAAUUAGGUUGCGGAAAAAGUUUGAAUAUAAUGGCAUAAAGUAAAAAAAAAAAAAAAAAAAAAACUGUAAAAAUGGGGAAAAAAAGAGCAAAGUCCAUACUAAUAAUAGGCUUUUUCACCCAUAUCACUGAGCUGAAAUGCAGAUUUUUCUUGAUUUUUCUUUUUCGUUCUAUAAAUAUAACUUCUUCACAUAACAAAGUGUCCAUGGCAUCCUUUCAUUUUUCAGCAUGUGGCCCUCUGUGGAAAAAAAAUUAGACAACCCUUGUGUAAUUUAUAAUCACGGUUGUAGUUGGAUGGGAUAUGUUGAUAUUUUGGUUAAAAACUGGGAUAAAAUCGUUGUAAAGUCAGAAAAGCUGAGUGUUUUCCAAGAGAAGAAGUUGCGGCCACUGACGCAGACAGUACAUACAGACGCGCCUUAGUCACUGUCACUGGAACCACACGCGCUGACUUUUUUUAGGAAGUUACACAUCUUGGCACACUCACUUUCCCCACACACGUAAUUAUUAUAUACAAAAAAGAAGUAGACCUUCCAACAUGAUUGAGUGAUGAUGAAGUGUAGGACAAGUAUUAAAAGUACUCCUUUUGCUGCUUUCUUCCUACGAGGCAAGCAUAUUUUUGGAAUAAAAGGCUAAAUAAGAUAAGAGCAUGGCUGAAUGCUGCAGGACAGGUUCUUUGUUUGUGCCUUCAAUGUUGACUUCUCAUGUCUGUACAUUGUCUGUUCUCCAUGGUUGAAUGUAUGUGUGGGAGGCUUUUUACACCCUUGACACGGACAAGCAUUCACACCUACAUGGUCGCGUUACAAAGAAUUCAAUCUGUUUCAGAUGUCAAACCUCAUGUUGAAGUGGCUUAAAUUCGAUCUAACAGCUUGAUGAAUAGAUAGACACCUCCUUUAUCCCCAUCCAUAGCAAACUUUAAUGGCAUCUGUUUUCACCCUUUUUUUGCACACUCUUUACAGACUUUUGUAGACAUUGGUUCUGUAGUUUGUCUGAAAGCUUGCAAUCAUACAGUCAAACAAAUAGCAACAGGUUUUGAGUACAUUUUGGUGACAGAAAACGUGAACCUUUCUAGACGGCUUCCCCGUUCUUGUUCGUCUAAGCAAGUGUGGACUGGGGGCCAUUUGUUGCCCGCAACUGUUUUUUAUUGGUCCGCAGCAAAUUCUGAAAAUAUCCUUUUAAAAGAAAACUUAAAAAAAAAAAACAAAAAAAAACAGCAACAAAAGUUUAAAAAUCAGCAGUAAUUUUACAAGAAUGAAGUCAAAAUAUUAACACUUUUUAUCUCAUGAUAAAAAGUAGUAAUUUGACAAGAAUAAUGUAGUAAUAUCAUGAAGAAAAAUAACGGCAUUUUAGUAGUAUAAGUUGAAAUAUUAAAGAAAAGAACUUUUUUUUAAUGUAGUAAUAUUACGAGAAUCAAACUAGAGAAAAUAAAGUUGUCAUUUUUGGAUCAUUAUUAUUACAAGAAGAAAGUUGAAAUCAAUGGAAAAUAAAAAUAUAACAACAGCAGAAAUUUAAAAAAACGGCUGUAAUUUUACGAGAAUAGAGUAAAAAAAAGUCAGAGAAAAAAGUCGGAUUCUAACAAGAAAAAUGUUGCAAUUUGAUGAGAAUAAACUCGUAAUAUUAUGAGGAAAAAUAACUUGAAUUUAGUAACAUAGAGGUGAUAAAAGUUGUAUUAUGAGAAAGAACCAAAACUGAAUAAAAUAGUAAUUUUUGGAAAGUUAGGUUGGGGAUCAACUCAUAAUGCGGGAAUAAAGUCAUAAUAUUACAAAAAGGAAAUGUACAAAGAUCAUUCAAGUAGGACAAUGGGACAAAAAGAGAGAGCACAAUUAUUAAAACAAAGUUUGGACACCCCUGGUCUAAGCCAGUAUCCAAACUUUUUUCAAGAUCAGAAAAAUUAAAGGAUGUGGGGGGCCAAUUUGAUAUUAUUCAUAUUAUGUUAUUUACUUAAAACCACUCCAACAUAUGGUAAGUUAAGUUAGUGGGAUAUCUUGUUCAAACAUUCAAUAUUUUAACAUUUUUCUUUUUAAUAUGACUCCAUAAUUUUUCAUGUUUCAUUGUAUUUAUAGUUUAUUCCCCAGGGGCCAAUCAAAAUUGAGCUGCUGGCCUCAACUGGCCCCCAGGCUGUACUUUGGACUCCCCUGGUCUAAGAGCUAAAAAUUGGACAUUUGGACAUUUAAUGUGACAAGCAGACACAUUACUUCCAUAUGUCCUCGGGAUACGAUGGAGUUCCAUUCCUUGACAUGAAGGACAUAUAAAAUGCAGUCAACAAAAUAUAAACCACAAGAAUUAAACAAAAGAGUAAUAAAAAGAGAACAACUUUUUACUUUUAUCCCUGUGGUUGUCUUGCAGGCCUUUCUACCUUCUUAAAAUAUUGCCCCUGGAUAGUCUGGAAGGAUAACCGCCUCGUCUCCUCACAGAUUUCCUUGUAACAGCGCAUAGAAUCCAUGACCCCUUUAGCAUUUACUAGCAUUCAGUAAUCAUUAUCAUGGUCGUGACAGUCGAGUGGUUGGGACUCAAAAGAGCGGCCAAUAUUUGUGGGCGUUUCUCUUCACUUGGAGCUUUUUAUGAUGUUCAUUUUCACUUUCUUGGUGAUGGCUUUUUUUGUGACUGUGAUGGUCCAAACGUUCCAAACACAGAAGUGGUCCAAAAUUUAAAAACACGCAAACACCAUAAAACACAUGCAACAGGAAAAAGUGUUUGGAGCAUUUGGACAUUGUUGCGUGUUUGCUCCUGUCGGGCCACCAUGAGGGAGUGCAUGAUAUGCUGCUAACUGUUAGACCUCACUAAAACCACAGACAAAUAGAGAUGCUAUUCUCACCUCUGCACCUCUCGGUCUAAACAGGUAUUUGCUAGUUCACCUUAUGGUUGCUGGUUCGGUCCCCACUCCCGCUGAAAUCAUUCAACUUAUUUAUACAUUGCAAAAUUCAGUCCGCAUUUUUACUUCUUUUUUUGGUGACAUUUUCCCAGUGAAAGUGAUAGGAUUUCCGUGAUUCCCUCCUAUUGGUGGAAAUGAACAUUUAGCAUUUGUCCCUCUCUAUAUCGCGGUUCGAACAUCACUUCCUUGCUCUAUUGUGAUUUUUCCAUCCAUCCUCUAUGCCACUUAUUCUCACUAGGGUUGUGGGUAUGCUGGAACCUAUCCCAGCUGACUUCAGGCGAGAGGCGGGGUACAUCCUGGACUGAUCGCCAGCCAAUGGCAGGGCACAUAUAGACAAACAACCAUUCACACUCACAUUCAUACCGCCAAUCAACCUAACAUGCAUGUUUUUGGAAUGUGGGAGGAAACCAGAGUACCCGGAGAGAACACACGCACGCACGGGAAGAACAUGCAAAUUCCACACAGAAAUGCCCAACGGAGAUUCGAACCCAGAUCUGCGAUUUUUCCAAAAUGAAUGAAUUAAUAAAUGGUCACUGUUUUUGUGGUUGACUAUGGCCUAAAAUAUUGACAGACAAGUCAUUAACAAUACAUUAAUUUAGACCAGUGUUUCUUUUUUUCUGUUUCUUAAUAGAGAAUCUUACUUAGUGGAAAUUCACUUGUCGCAGUUGGGUCUGGAUCCAAUUAACCUUUCUAAACGAGGGACGACUGUACAUGUAACGUUGUGCUUAUUCUGUGCACAGUGGCAUGACUCAGGUCGUAACGUGGUCAUUUCCCAACCUGGUGGUCGCUGGUUCCAUCCACAGGUGGUGAAUAAAUUUCAAUACAUUUCUAGGAUAUUUCAACAUUCAAUCUACAUUUCAGCUCAGCUUCAGCAUUUCAGGAAUCACAUGCAAUUUCUCUUGAAAUCACUUGUCUGCGUGUUAUUCUCCAUAUUAGAAUUCCUCAACGUGCUGUAUAUUUGUAGAUCAUUUGACUAUUGGCCUUUUGUUACGAUGUACUGUAACGACCGAGGCUAGCUCUGGCAUGUGGGAAGCUGACACGACACACCGGCUCGAGUGUCACGCACGUGCUCCAACAAAGACAUACACACACACACACACACACACACACCCAAUCCCAAACACCCACAAAACCACACUAAUCACGCGUAAUCUUUUAUGCCGUCUGACAGGGGUGUUUGCUCACGCAGCUUGCAGAUACAUGCACGUUUCAUUUAGUCAAUGGCUUGUGUUUUCUUCAGUGCUGUCAAGAGGAAAAAUAGUGUAAAAAGAUAGUUGUUUUGAUUGCAGUGUGAUUAAUGAUAGCGCAGUAGUGAGGCCGCGAGUGACAUGAUGGAGGACGGGAUUUUCUGAAAGCCUCUAGGGUGCACUGUGAUUUCUUUCUUCCUCUCUUCUUCCUUAUCUCUUGAGCUUUUACUCCCACAUAAUGAGCAACCAGGGCACCGUUUGCAAACCCCGGGUGUGUCUUAUUUUCAGUCAGGAUUUGGCCGACAGUGUACAAACGGAAAAAUAUCCAGGUUUCUCUUGCUAUAAAUAGUCAGCAUUUUGCCUCAAAGCAGCCUUGGAGGUGAGAAUGUUAUAGUGAUGUCAAAUUUAAGAGCUCCACUCACUUCCCAACCUUGCUGCUGAAUUCCAAAGCCGUAACAAGGAAACAAUAAGUAAUUCAGAAAGGAGGAUGUUUUUUUUCCAGCCCGGAGCUGUAUGAUCCAUUUUUAAACCACUAUUACAUCCGUCCUCCUAUUUUACUUGAGCCUUGUUACAUAAUUCAUCUCAUUCAUUGUUUUUGGUGGUCCAAUCAAGGAUUUAGAUGUUUUUAUCAGUGUUCCCCACAGGACUGUAAUCUAUUAGUGGCACAGAAUUGCAAGGGGAAGAUGAUGUCAUUGUCGAAUGUACAUAAUUUGCCAGGGCACAUUUUCAAAAUUAAUAUUUUUAUGGAUUCUUGUCCACGUGCAAAACAGAGCUUUUGGAAAACUCUGGCCAGAGUGGAGUUUUUAUAGGUGUAAAACAGGUAAAACUGAGUUUUUGGGGUUUUUUGGUAAGAAUUGUGCAGUUACUUUUUUUUAAACUCUGAACCCUGCAGUUUAUACAGCGGUGCGACUAAUGUCUUGCUAAAUUCUAAUCUCGUGACAUCUCCUCUACUUCAGAACUACUGCUAAUCAUUUAAAUACUGUGCUGCUCGUGAGUCAGUGAGGAAACGGUAGCUCUUUCUUUGGCAGGAGCCCAUCACGAGCUUUCAGUGCACUCAUGAUGAGCUUGUCAACCCAUUGGAAAUUGCAGCAGGUCAUUACUGAAUAUAAUGGUCUGACUCAUUGUGUCAUCUUACAAAGAACGCUAAACUCAUCACACAGCAACUUGGCACUCAAAAGGUAUACAUACCUAAGAAAUAUGCAAAUAAGUACCAAAACGAGUUUAAAAUGAAAAAAAAUACUAUUUUAAAGUUUUCCCAUAAUGCAUUGCGUCUGAGCAAAGAAUUAAUUGGUACCUGCCAGGUGCUGCAAUGAUGUUAGCCUCCCUCUGGGCCUGGGCUCCUCUCACUCCCUUUGGUGGACAGAGUCAACAUUGCAACUCCAUCCAUUCAUUUUCUAUGCAGUUUGUCCUCCAAUGAAACUGCUUUUUUCUGAAAUGUUUUCAUAGCUCAUGAUUGGCUCGUGUCAAAUAAAGAGCUGCCUGGUCCUCACGGACUUGCCACAUUAUGCAAUUUUAUGAGUGUCAUAUACACUGUAUGUACAAAUCUGUUUUUUCUUCUAAAUCUAGUGAGUUAUUGUACAUAAAGUUAUUGGCUCAUGGGUGUUAUAACACGCCAUUUAACAUGCACAAACAAUAAAAAAAAAAUCAUGAUGUUUCCUGGGCUCCAUGUAAGUGUGUGCUGAUUUUAAAGAUAAUGUACACAUCAUUGUACAACUCUCACUAUAUUGAUAUACAGAUGCGUUAUAAUGCGCGACCAAGCAGUUGUAGCUUUUUCAGGCUUUUGAUUGGACAAAAUGUGCAAGAUAGCUGAAUGUUUUAUUGGAUGGCGCGUAUGAGGUGUUUUUAAUAAGCUGACUUACGAUUCCAUCUAUUGUACUGAGUUGUAACGACAAGCUACACAGACGUAUCUUGUGGCAGACCGCAUGCGUUCAUGGCGAGCCGCCACAAAUUAAUGAAUGUAUGGGGGAAACAUUUUAUUCUAAUACUCAGUGGGUUACAAAUGUGGGUGAUUAUUGAUUAUUUAUUUUUCGCACCACCGCAUACAUUCUUGGAGUUUCUAAUUGCUCAAAACGCAAGGAAACUUGAGCUACUAAGUGAUAUUGAUACUGAUACACUUAGUCAUGCAUGCUGUCACUCUUUCACCAAUCAUUGUUGCUCAAAAAUGAUUUUAAAAUAAACUCUGAACUUUUGCCCUGAGGCAAGUUCCUUCUUUGCAAUAACUACUGCAAAAUUUCAGAGGCCAUACCGCCGUGUACGUGGAGGACACAAUGAAAGUAGGAAUGGACUUUUGACUUACAUAAUCAUUUUUUUUUUUUAAUAUUAUUGGUUUUAACGGAAUGUGAGAUUCUGUCUCUAAAUGUUCUGAACUUCUGUUUCCUUGUUGUCUAGGUUAAUUCUGCAGGAGUUGUGUCAUAGUAGAGGUCCUCUUGUACUUCUUUAGACUGCAAACUAGUUGGAAGCCAUCAGGACCGUUAAGUUCUCAUUUUUUUCUCAUCAGAGAAUAAAACUUUCUUCCAUCUUUUAAUGUCCCAUGUUUGGUGCUCUCUUGCAAAAACCAGACGGGCAAUUUCAUGGCGUUCUCUGGCAGAUGCCGUCUGAUGGUUAUUUUACUGCACUCAGAACCAGUAACAACCUUCAUUUGGGCCGAAGAUCGUCCCAUGUCUUGAUGGACAGACAAUUGUGUCCUCCGGCUCAUUUUUUUUUUACAUUUUUUUGGUUUUACCACUUGACUUUUUUGUUCCAUAACCCUCAGGAUCUUUGAAGUUUCAAAUGACUGUCUUACUGCAUUCAACCUCAGCAGCAAUGGCGCGCUGUGAGGGGCCUUGCUUAUGCAGUUCAACAGAGAGAAAACUUAUUGGCCUCUGCCAUCAAGAGAUUAUGACAGUCAAUAGCUCACAUAAAAUUGCAUUGAAUUUACAUUUUUGCCAAGAUUUUGGAUUUUAAAGGCCGUUGUCUUAAACUUUUGAUCAGCUGAUGAACAGCCUAUUUCACUUUAAUGCUUGUUUGCAAUAAAUUGCUGACUCAAAAUGUUUUUUGUGUCAUUCCCAUCUCUUCUUUUUUGCAUUUUGAAGCUUCACUAGCCUCCUUAAGAUCCAACAGUGCAAAAUGUAAAUUCUUGCAAUUUUUCAAUGGGCAUUAAAAUUUUGAUCAGAAGUGUGUAUUAACUUGCGUUUACCUUGCUGGAAAUUGUGAGGCAGGAUUGUUAAAUAUCAGUUAUAUAUCAGUUUCAUUUUUGGGGCUCACAGCAGCUGGUGCGUUCAAAGACUGCCGAACAAAGUGUGAAACGUCAACUUUUUAAACAGUGGUAUGCUGUACAUUUUACUUUUGUUUUCACAAGUUUCACAAUUACCGACUUUAUGGUGAUGAGAUAAGUUUUCUGCAGAAAAAAAAUAUUUUCAAAAAACAACACUAAAAAAGUAUUUUUUACGGGACCUUGAACACACACACUACUGCCACUGGUGGUAUGUUCUUCUUUUUCUUCUGUGGUUGGGCAAUCACUGAGCCAGCCACCCAAACAACAACAGAGGAAGCCGGACACGUUACAAGCAGAGUUCGUCUUGUUCUGACUGUGUCACAAUCUAACUCCCAGUUGAGCAGAUAACAGAGAGACUGCAGGAAUGAGCCAGAGGACGGAGGAGGAUUGGUGUUGCAUUGUAAUUCAGACAUGGUGGACACCCAGCAGCUCCUAGCCUGGCCGGUGGGCUUCAGUCUUAGCGCCGUUGAUCUGCCCGAGCUGGACAACAGCACCCACUUGCUGGACAUGAAGCACUUGACCACAUUGGACUACGCCACCUUCUCCUCCUCAUCCUCCUCCUCCCUGUCGCCCUCACUGGUGACCUCCAUGUCCUCCGUCGGCGUGGCCUAUGACCUCAGUCCUCCACAGAGUGAGGACCACUUAACCGACCUGGACUACACCAGCGUGCACAGCUACAGGACUCAGUCAGACUCACACAAUUCAAUCAAACUGGAGCCAGAGUCACCUCCUCAACACGCCGACAGUCCGGCGUUCUCCAAACUACAGGAUGAGGCGUCAACUGCUGCACUCAACAUUGAGUGCCGUGUGUGUGGAGAUAAAGCCUCUGGGUUCCACUAUGGCGUCCAUGCCUGUGAGGGAUGUAAGGGUUUCUUCAGACGCACCAUCAGGUUGAAGCUGGUGUACGAUCACUGCGACCUCCACUGUCGCAUUCACAAGAAGUCCCGCAACAAAUGUCAAUACUGUCGUUUCCAGAAGUGCCUGAACGUCGGCAUGUCGCACAAUGCUAUUCGUUUUGGCCGGAUGCCACAGGCGGAGAAAGAGAAACUUCUAGCGGAGUUCUCGUCUGACAUGGAGCACAUUCACCCAGAGGCGGCAGAUCUGAGGGCCUUGGCCAAACAUUUGUAUGAAGCCUAUCUCAAGUACUUCCCCCUCACCAAGGCCAAGGCCAGGGCCAUCCUUUCGGGCAAGACGGGAGACAAUGCACCUUUUGUAAUCCAUGACAUGAAGUCUCUGAUGGAGGGAGAGCAGUUCAUUAACUGCAGGCAGAUGCCCAUCCAGGAACACCAGCAGCAGACCUCCGUCCUUUCCGCCUCAAACGGAGGCGCUCUUCCGGGGCCAGAGUAUGGCAUUGUGGGAAUGACAAGCGCCGUCGAGCUGCGUUUCUUCCACAGCUGUCAAUCUCGCUCGGCUGAAGCCGUGAGAGAAGUGACAGAGUUCGCCAAGAGCAUCCCGGGAUUCAUCGACCUGGAUCUGAAUGAUCAGGUGACUUUGCUCAAGUACGGCGUGAUUGAGGUCCUGAUCAUCAUGAUGGCGCCGCUGAUGAACAAAGACGGGACCCUCAUCUCCUACGGGCAGAUAUUCAUGACGCGAGAGUUCCUCAAGAGUCUCAGGAAGCCCUUUUGCCAGCUGCUGGAGCCCAAGUUCGAGUUCUCUGUCAAGUUCAACAUGCUGGAGCUUGACGACAGCGACAUGGCGCUCUUUCUGGCCGUUAUUAUCCUCAGUGGAGACCGUCCGGGCCUCCUGAACGUGAAGCCCAUCGAGCAGCUGCAGGAAACGGUGCUGCACUCUCUGGAGCUGCAACUGAAAGUCAACCACCCGGACUCUCUGCAGCUGUUCGCCAAGCUCCUACAGAAGAUGACUGAUCUGCGGCAGAUCGUCACCGACCACGUGCACCUCAUCCAGCUCCUGAAGAAAACCGAGGUGGACAUGUUCCUGCACCCGCUGCUGCAGGAGAUCAUGAAGGACUUGUAUUAGAGAGAGAAAGGGAAAAAAAAAGCACUGAGACAACAUAUUGCGAAAGGGAUGGCUCUGCCUUGCGAUAAAGGAGGUGACAGAAAUUGAGAAAGAGAUGAGGAAGAAGGUCAGGAGUGUUGGAAGCCGUCUAGACUGCCACGGCAGCAGCACGGACAGCUUGCAAAACCACUACUUACUCUUCCAAUCAGGCCGAGUGCCACCCGACCAAGAAGGCGGCCUCUCGCGGUUUGAUUGGCGGACUGGACCAAGUGCCUUGAGGGCCAAUGUAACUGUGAAUAUAUUUGACCCCUCCUGCCCCACAGCAGCAGUGCGUUUGUUAGAGCCAUGUUUACAUGCACAAAAAUGUCCACACACAACUAUACAGCAUCUCUCAAAAGUCACAUUUCAGCUGCCAUUUUAUUACAUCUUCUCAAGGGACAGCACAAUACAAACAUAUCCGCAAUCUGUGUCACUGCAGCAUGAUAGGUGGCGCCGCACGUUAGCACAACUCUAGCACAACAUAGGAAGCUAUUUAGCUUCCUGUGUAGUGGUAGCGAGCAAUGGUGACUGAAGCGACAUCCAAAUCGUUGAUAUAGAUAUCAGUGCAUAAUACGCACCACAUUUCACUGUCGGUAACGGUAACAGCGUUAUAUUGUUCGAAAUAGUAAUUUAUUACAUUACCCGUUACUGGAAAAUUAAAACAGCAUCAAUAUUAUCCUUAACGCCGUUCUUCCCAAUGCUGGUCAUCAAUCAGUGACAGCAUUACAGGCAUUUUGGCUGCAGAGGGUGGGGAGGAAAGUUAGGCCAUCACUGCCGUCAGGCAAGAUUAACGAUUUUGAAGAUGAAAUAUAAAGAUAAACACAAAAGUACACGCAAAAUCCUACCCCGGACUCCGGAAGGGUUAAACAGCUAUGUGUUUUCAGUCAAUAGUAAAUCGUAAGUGCGAUACAAGCUAAACACUGACUACUCUGAAGCAUAUUCGCAUUUACUUGAGAAGAUAUACCGUAAUGUAAGUGUUUGUUGAAAUGUGAGGGCUGUAUCUAUGUGAGGACAUUCAUGCAUGAUCAAAUGCGUCAUGGCAACGCUCACCCGCUCCGUCCUGACAACCAAAAUGUCUCCCAAGCAUGUGCAUGUUGGCAUCUGCACACAAAGUGCCAUCUUGUCAUCAUCCAAAGACAGCGAUCAGCAUAUUUGAAUGUCAGCUGAGCUGCGAGGGAACAAUCAAGAUGAAGAUGAGCACUCGUCUGCUAUACUGUAUGUGUGUGACACAUACUGUAAAUCAUGUAUGGUUUGUACUCCUUGUUAUUAUCGUUGUGCGGAUGCAAUGCGGUGUGUCUUUUUCCAAAUGAUUUUUGUGUUGAUUUGUAUUGUUUUGUCUCUAUGCAAAGUUCCAUCAGUGCCUUAUCAAUCAAUCAUUAUGAUGUUUUUUGUUUUUUUUGUAGAUGAAGGGCUCUGAUUGAUUGAGUGCUGUAAAUAAAUCCAGAUAUUUUCUAA